UCCUACAGGCUCAAAACGGCAAUCAACCACAUCAAACCAAAACCUAUCGUGGAAGAUUCCCAUUGAUCUAGAAUCAGUUCUUUCAGCCAUAUUUUAUUCCAACAGUAUUUAAUUUCCCCCAAAUUGGCUGGUUUACAGCAAGCGUUACUACAUUCAUCUUCUUAGACUGGGAAAUCCAAAUUUCGAACUCCCUUAAACAGACUCAAACGGGAAUUUUACUGAGAGAUUUAUAAACAUAAAGCUGAUAAGAGUGUUUUAGACGGUGAAGAUCUGUCUAAAAAGGACAUUUUAGCUAAUCUUCUAAAGUUUCCUUCAUACUUGAUGUCUUAUCAGUCUUGAUAUUAAUAUGUAAAAUAAUUCACUUUGGCUAACUUGUAAUAACUAAUUUACAGGUUAUUUUAUACAAGGAAGAGAUGUCAGAUUUUUGAUAAACCAUGAAAUAUGGCUUGAAAAAAGAGCCCUCCAAUCCCAACAGAAGCAUUUUAAGCAAUGAAUUAAUAUAAUGGAAGGACUUCUUCAUGAUUAGAUUUCAGACAGAUAUUUGUAGACUGUUCAUGGAUCUAUCAGUGUUGACUCUAGUACCCAAGGAUGCGAUUGAAUCUCUUCAGCAGUAGGACGAAGCUCUGGAUCAAAAGAGAGCAUACAGGAUAGUAAGUCCUUGAGUUCAUCACUUAUUUCAAGACUUUUUAGAGCAAAAUCCAAAUCGUGAUGUUGAACUUCGUUCCCAUUUUCGGAAGAAUUUGUCUUUUUAUCAAGGUUUAGUUUUGAGAAGUUUAGUGGAAUAAAAUCAUUUACGCUUGAGUUCUUUUGGCCUCAAGUUAUAUAUAAUAAAGUUACUCCAAGUGCAUAGAUGUCUGAGGACUUGGGAUUAUAUUCAUCAACCCUGUGAAGUGGUUCAAGCUCUGGAGCCAUAAACCCUUGAGUACCUCUUCGACUGGUCACCAUACCAUUUUUAGAGUUGAUAAUUUGGCUUACACCAAAAUCUGAGAUCUUUACAUUGAAAUGGAGGUCUAACAAAAUGUUAUGCGGCUUAAUAUCUCAAUGUGCGAUAUCUAAGUUAUGCAUAUAGCUCACUCCGCUAAGAAUUUGAUUGAAGAGGAAGCUAGCUGCAAACUCUUCCAUUCUUCCAAUUUUAGAGGUAAGUUCAGAAAGAGUACCAUUUUGUGCAAGCUCUAAAAUAGUACAGUUUAUUGAUUCUUUACUGCCAUUUCCAAACUCUGCAAUUGAAUCAAAGAGUACUUCAUAGUUUUGAAGGAUAUUCGGGUGUUCGGACAAAUAGCUCAUUAUUUCUGAUUCCCGCCUUAUAAGCAUCCUAGAGUACUCCUCGGUAUAUUCUUUCUUAUCUUUAAUAACCUUAGCAACAAAGUAAUCUCCUGCAUAAUUCUCAACAAGGAAGACAUUAGCCGAUCCUCCUUUGCCAAGAAGCUUCUUUGUAAUAUAUGUGUUAUUAAUCAUUUGGGAAAAUUAUUAAUACUGUAAAUAAAGUACAAUAU